AUGUCGUCUCCAGCAGCGCCACGGCUCCGCUCCCUGUACCGCUCGUUCCUGCGCGAGCUGCCACCUCGGCCAAUCCUUUCCAAGACGCCAUCGCCAGUGCACCAGCGCCUCCGCGAACACUUCCGCCCCGAAACGGCCCCCGAACAGGCCGUCGCGCAAGCAGAACAGUACCUCGCAUACGUCCGCGCACAGCGGACAUACGUCACACUGCUGGAGAGGUACAACCCCGGCAUGGGCAUGGACGAGGAGGAGCGGGUGCGGUUGACGGCCAAGAGGGUGGGCAUGAACCUACCCGUGGAAUUUGGGAAGGAGAAAUGA